AUGAAGUACAUGGAAUGCCCUUACGAAGACGAGCUGGUGUUCAUGGCUGCCGUGAUGGUGAAUGGAGUGGAGCCGGAGUUGAAGCCACUGUACGAGGCGUCACUUGUCCGUGAACGAAUCCGAACGCGUGGCCCCUUCCUGCGGGUUGUGUUGCCUACGAACGCGGGUGUUUUGAAGGCCGACGACAAGGCGGGACUUAUUGAAUUGGGUGAGUUGACCUUGGAGAAACUCCAAAAAGCAUGGUUCAUCGUCGAGAAGAAAACGGUUGGUAUGAUGGAGAUCAGUCAUCGCAUCCUCCGCAUUUCGCCCGAGUUGGACGGCGUGUUUGAUUCGUAUACGCUGAAGCCGGCGAACGAGCUGGUAGUGGAAACACUGCGUAACCUGCUGUUCCAGAUUGAUGUGCAGCAACUCAAGAGGCAACUCAUCGCGUACAUUGCAAAUCCUGGCGAUCCCUCGGUGAGUCUCGCUGUCAAGGGGUCGAUGUCCAUUACCCUCGAAACGUUUUUCGUCAAGUACGCCGCCGCGCACGACAUCGAGCGGCGUUGGGAGGGUUGGGAAGUGGCCACGGCGAAGUUCUCUGCCAAUCCAAACGACGACCCAAACUGGGUGCCGCAAUGGGAGGCCUUCUCGUUGAACGUGAACCAUAUCAACCGGGCCAAGAAACCAACGUAUGCCGACUUUGUGGCUGCCCCCACGUCGAUCUUUUACAUGAACGACCCUGGGUAUCCGUUUGUGGACUGUUUUUGGUACGAUGACAACAUGAAGGCUGUGCACGCAGGACAAGUAACCAUGUCGCAGAAUGGUCACCCGAAAGGCGUCGGGACAUUCAACACCAUGAAGAAGAACAUUGGUAUUCCAGAUGGAGUCAAGCUGGUAAUCAACUACAUCACCUUGCCGUUCCAGGCCGACGGAUAUGCGAAUGGACCCCGAAGCUACUUCUUCUCGAACGUUCACGACGGGGGCAUUACCGCAAUCCAGCAAACCGUCGAGUUCCGCGUCAUCAAAAUGUCGCUUAGUUAA